AUGAUGGCACAGCUAAACCUGCCGGUGAUAGGAACCCAAUCCUGCCCGCCUCCAGAGCUUCCCCAGCUCGUGGCAGAGCAGCAUGUCCCCGUCUCCGCGCAGGACAAGGACACGAAGCGCCUCAUCGUUGUCCUGUCCAACGCCAGCCUGGAGACAUAUCGUUCGUCUCAUGGCGGUGCCGGACGGCCUGCCAAUGGUCGUGAGGAGAAAUAUUCCCUUCUCAACUCUGACGAACACAUCGGUAUCAUGCGCAAGAUGAACCGUGACAUCAGCGAGGCCAGACCGGACAUCACCCAUCAGUGUCUUCUCACCCUCCUCGACUCGCCCGUCAACAAGGCCGGCAAGCUCCAGAUAUACAUCCACACCGCCAAGGGUGUCUUGAUCGAGGUCUCGCCCACCGUCCGCAUCCCUCGUACCUUCAAGCGUUUCGCCGGUCUGAUGGUUCAGCUUCUUCAUCGCCUGUCCAUCCGCUCCACCAACUCGGAGGAGAAGCUGCUCAAGGUCAUCAAGAACCCCAUCACCGACCACCUGCCUCCAAACUGCCGCAAGGUGACGCUCAGUUUUGACGCGCCCAUCGUUCGCGUCAACGACUACGUCAAGACCCUUGGAGCCAAGGAGAGUAUCUGCGUCUUCGUCGGUGCCAUGGCCAAGGGCAGAGAUGACUUUGCAGACGCCUUCAAGGACGAUACCAUCUCCAUCAGCAACUUCAGUCUCAGCGCCAGUGUUGCGUGCAGCAAGUUCUGCCACGCCGCAGAGGAUGCUUGGAAUAUUGUCUAA